UUAAUCGAGAUACGACUGAAGUAAACACUCAAAUUGCACCCGUAUAUAAACGUGAACAUUUUUGUAAAUGAGCAUUAUUGGUCAGAGAGAGCUGUACAGUUACAAGUACACUAUGAAAGCCUUCUUAGCCUUGCUCUGCCUUGCGGCACUUGCUUACAGUGCCCCAGCAGAUGACAACUCUCUCUGGAAACAAUUUAAGCAAACCCAUUCGAAAUUCUAUGAAACUGAAAAUGAAGAACAAGUCCGAAAAGCGAUAUUUCUUCAAAACAAAGCCAAGAUUGACGCACACAACCUCAGGCACCAAAAUGGAGAAGUCACCUUCACAAUGAAAAUGAACCAGUUUGGAGAUUUGUUGUCUACUGAAUUCAGAACCUUCUACAAUGGAUUUAACAAGACCAAAUCCCAGCAUAGUGCCCAGCCUCUUUAUAAAUUCACUAGAAACACAAAUGUCGAAGUCUCUAAGAGUGUAGACUGGAGGAAAAAGGGUGCCGUUACCCCGGUGAAAGAUCAGAAACAGUGUGGCUCCUGCUGGGCUUUCAGCUCUACUGGUUCUCUAGAAGGACAGCAUUUCCUCAAGACUGGUAAACUUGUUUCCUUGAGUGAACAGAACCUCGUCGACUGCUCAGGCAGCUAUGGCAACCUCGGAUGCAGUGGUGGUCUCAUGGAUUUAGCUUUCCAGUAUGUCAGAGACAACAAAGGUCUUGACACUGAAAAAAGCUAUCCUUACUGGGGUGAAGAUGAAUCCUGCAGAUUUAAGCCUUCUGGCGUAGGAGCAACGGAUAAAGGGUAUGUUGAUGUGGCAUCAAAUGAUGAGCAUGCCCUGGAAGAAGCUGUUGACAAAGUUGGUCCAGUCUCUGUUGCCAUGGAUGCCAGCCAUGAAUCUUUCCAGUUCUACUCCAGUGGAAUCUACUACGAACCUGACUGCGACUCACAAAAUCUUGACCAUGGUGUCCUCGUCGUUGGCUAUGGCACACAGGGCAAAAAUGAAUUCUGGCUUGUCAAGAACUCAUGGAACACAGUCUGGGGUGAAAAAGGCUACUUCAAGCUAGCUAAGAACAAGAACAACCACUGUGGUGUUGCAACUUCUGCCAGCUAUCCUGUUGUAUAAAAAAAAGUUUAAAAAUUAAAUAAAUCUUUAUAACAAGCAAAACA